CGGUAAGGUUUCCCGAAAGCGAAUUCAAUUGCCAAGUACCUUGCACUGACAAAUGUUUGAAUAGAUGUGCUCAAUCCACCUCAUCAGUUUAAUCGAACGCCACUGUUCCAAUUUCAACCGAAACGGCUUCCGUCUCAUUCCGUAGUACGCUCUCGUCCCGUCCAAUGGCGGCAACAAGUGGUGCCAGCAGCACAAAACGUCACUUGGCCGUGGCGGCCAUGUUUGUGCCGGUGUGCCUGCUGGCACUGUGCCUCGUCCCGUUCCGUUUCAAUUCCAACAGAUUCUUCCAGCACGGACCGCACCACCCUCAGUCGUCAUCUUCCGGGUUGCUGCAGUACGUCGGACGGGUUUGCCGGGUGCAGUUCCAGGGUUGGAGCGGGACGACGACGCCGGGACAGCAAACACCCAGCAACCACCAUCCGGAAGCGGUGAACACGGCCCGCUGGUGUAAAACUUUGGACGGGAAUGUAUCCUUCGCCGGAAGGGGGCGCUUCGAGCGCGGCUGGAUCGAGCGAAUCGCUCGCGAGAUUGAGCCCGGCAGCUUGGUGAUGCUAGUGGAGCACCCCUUGGUUCGAGUGGCACGAUUCUACCGGGACGCCAUCGGGGACGUUCAUCCGAAAAGUCCCUUCUGGACACUGGCCGUGGACAUCAAAGCUCAUCACCGCGACCGCAACAUCCACACACCGCCCAGUUUCGUCCAGUUGCUGUCGUUUGUCGUCGAUUCGCGCAACGGUGACCAUCCCCUCGGUUACCACUGGCAACCGUACGCGACGCUCUGUCAACCGUGCCUGCUGCGAUACGACGCCAUCGUCAAGCUGGACGCGCUCACCGGCACAAAACCGGUCUACCGUGCUCACCAAGCGGAGCUGGACCAGCUGGUCACCCUGUACGGUGCCGGGAUGGACGAAGCCCUGCUGGAACGGACGGUCGAUUACUAUCGGGACGAUUUGAUGCUUUUAAACUACUCCGUGGACCACUUCUAUCGGGAGCUGUACCGGAGCUUCCACGCCACCAUCGUGCAAGUGCGCCCGUUUUGACUGCUCAAACGUCAGAAUUUGACGCCAUCGCCUACCAUGAUAGCGGGUGAAUAAAUCGUUAAAACGGCUUAAACGCCUCCUAGAUUUUGUAAUCAUGCCCGGUCGAGCUGCUGCUGUCAUAAUACGCGCCACAAUUACGCGG